AUGAUUAAAAAGCCCUCAAAGACUUCUAAUGGGUCCUCCUCUGCAGUGCAUCAACAGCAUAAUGGAGAUCAUCAACAGACAUUAGAGGAACAACAACAACAAGUACAAGUUGCAGAAAAUGGCCAUCCACAGAAUGGUGAAGAAAAGAAGCAUGAUUUCUCUCCUCGGGCACCAAGUUCAUUGCAUCGGAAUGAAGACGAUGCUGCAGGAAGUGAUAAAUCCCCAGUGAAUGAAUUGAAACAACAAAAACAGGCUCCAAAAGAAGAUAGAAAAUUUGAUGACUCUGAUUCUGAUUUAUCAAGUGGUAGUGAUCCCACAACAAAACACAAUAUUUUGCGAUCAACCAGUCUUCGUAAAGCAUACAAAAAUUUGAAACAACAAGAAAAGGAAGAAUUUGAUUUGGUCCAGUCAGAUGCCAGUCAAUCUGAAAGCGAGGCAGGAAAUAUUCCGUCACACCGAAAUGUUGUCACUCCUCACGUACCUGGAAAAUCUCUAUUGAAAACUCCCAAAGUUAUGAUUCAAAAACAAGAAACAAUUAGUCAAAAAGAUAGAUUGGUGUGUAUCACAAGACCAUCUAUUUUAUCGAGAGACAGUGGAAAUCAGCUCUCGUACAAGGGUUUUUUGAAUUUGGCAAUAAUUAUUCUUGUCGUGAGUCACUUGCGUCUAGUUUUGAUCAACUUUAAAAAGUACGGAAUUUUACUGAACACGCACGUGUACAUUAUGAAUUUUUUGUCUGCUCCUUCCAAUGGAUUUCCUGUAGUAGUAAUGUUUGCUGCUGUGAACAUUUGGAUUUUAUUAGCUUUUGGUAUUGAAAAAGUAAUUGCCAUUUACAUACGCAACAAAUUUUAUCACUUGACGCGAAAAGGAGAAAUGACAUCCAAGAAAAAGGCAUUGUGGCAACAAAUUCUCAAGCAAGCAAGUCUUGUUUCUUUCUGUUGUUACUUUGUAUUGACAACGACGUUGCUUGGAGUUUAUUUGAGCUUUGUUUGGUUUUAUCAACCUCAUUCGGUGUCGGGAAUGAUGUUAGUGACAUUGAUGACCAUUGUUUUCCUCAAAUUAACAUCGUAUGGAGUAGUGAAUGAUCACUUGAGAGAACGUAUUUGGGAGAGAAAAGCACAACAGUUAAAGACAGUAGAAAAUACUUCCACUCCUUCCUCGAACAGAACGAUUCCAUGGUUCAAACAAUAUCCUGAUAACAUUUCUCUGAAAGAUAUAUUUUACUUUAUGUUGGCUCCAACACUUGUCUAUGAGGAAGCAUUCCCAAGGACAAAGAGUAUUCGAUUUAAAGUUGUGUUAUAUGAUUUAUUGGAAUUGUUGGCAUGCACUUUUGUAUUGGUGUUCCUUGUUGAGCAAUAUGUAAUGCCACUGAUAGAAAAUUCUUUGGAACCAAUGAGAGAACGAGAAUAUUGGCGUAUUCUUGAGAGAUUACUGAAAUUGACAGUUCCUAAUAUUGUUAUUUGGGUCAUUGGCUUUUAUAUUGUUUUCCAUUUGAGUUUGAAUAUUAUGGCAGAAUUGUUGAAGUUUGGAGAUCGAUUGUUUUAUUUGGAUUGGUGGAAUUGUACAGAUUUGAGUUACUUUUGGAGAACUUGGAAUUUGCCUGUGCAUAAGUGGCUGGUAUUACACAUCUAUCUCCCGCUUGUAAAUAACGGUUUCAGCCCUUCCAUUGCAAGCUUUUGUGUCUUUUUUGUGAGUGCUGUAUUCCACGAGUUAAUCAUUUCCAUUCCUUUCCAUACCGUUAAGGCAUGGGCAUUCUCAGCAAUGAUGGUCCAAAUGCCACUUUGCUUUUUGACAAAGAAAUACUGUAAGGGAAGUCAAAUUGGUAAUGCCCUGUUUUGGUGUUCUUUCAUGAUUGGUCAUUCAAAUUGUGUGCUUGCUUUAUAUUAUGACAUGAAAUAA